AUGGAGUUGCGGAUACCUCCCAGGUUGGAGUCCAGAGCUACAGAUGAAUUCAUGCCAGCUCCCAGAGUUGUGGAGAUUAGCUCGUCGCAGAAAAAUCACGAGGAACUUGUGACCUCCACACUACCUUAUCACAUCGCGCGUCAUCGUAAAAUCGCGGACGGCUGUUUUGCUCAUGCUCGCAGCAAGGAACAUGGAUUGAAACACAUUGAUCUGCGCAAGGGCUUGCUGGCCCUGUUCUGGAUACUUGUCUUCCUUUUGGUCAUGAGUAUAUUAGUCAGUAUGAUCACCGAUCUCAUCACUAGCUACGUCGCAAUGCCAGUGGCCACCCAAAUCAAAGCGGAACAGGAGGUAUUGCACUUUCCAGACCUCUCUGUGUGUACCAAAGUUCCAUUCUACUUGAGUGAUGAAACAAGUUCGGUAAACAAUGAAACACUGGAUGUGAACCUGCAGGAGAUGCGGAACUCAAUCGUGAAGAGAAUGAAAGAUGCGUCGAUAAAGAUAACCGAGGCUGGAAUACAGGGCGCUUUCUUGAUACAAAUGGCCACAAAACAAGAUGACACAAUGCUGCGGGCUUAUCAACACCUGAUCUAUUGUCAGUAUCAAGACAAACCGUGUUCAUUUUACAACUUCACGGAAAUCGCCCAUCUUCGAUAUGUUCAGUGUUUCACCUUCUCUCCAUCAGAGAGAGAUAUUAGCGCCGGAAGAGGAUUGCAAUUCAUAUAUUACAGACAUCGGGAUGGACGCAAGCCUUUCGUAAUGCUCAAUGACUUGGAAGAUCCAUCCUUCACUGAUCCGGCCAACGAUGGCAUUCACAUUAUUAUUCACAAUCCAUCCACUUUUCCAACCUAUGCGAUCCAUAAUAUGCCGACUAGUUUCUCCUUGCGAUUCGGACAGCAAGCCACAGUCGAAGUUUCCAAACUGCGCUACCAGUCUGACCGGAGUGGACAAAAGCCGUGUGCUUUGGAGAGGGAACCAUACAAGUACACAAACUUUCGCGGCGGUGCUAACUACCUGGAAUAUGGAUACACCUAUGAAGACUGUAUUGCGAACAGGAAACAACAGCUGAUUUAUGACAAGUGCAAGUGCUUUUCUGACAAUCUCUUUGUCCCUUUCGUGAGUGCUGACAAUAUGAAAAAGGAGACUGGGAGUUUACCGAACACGUUCUCUACAGAAUUUUGCAGGGAUAUUCGUCAAAAGACUUCGCAACGUCUGAGGGAAGAGUUUCUGUGCUAUGAUCAGUACGAGAAUAUGCCAACAACCUCGGUCUUAGAUCAGUUCAUAGGUAUGAAUAAGUUGUUCGAAACAGAAAAGGAUCUGGACAAGCGGAAGGCGGAACGCUACAGCAUUUGCGCAUUGCUUUGCGAGAAGGACAUAUACUCUACACGAACUUUCGAGAUUCAUGAUUUGGAUGAGGACUUGUCCUUUACACCCAGCUUACUGAACACCUACAUGGAGCAACUUUCGGCUAGUCAACUGGACCAACCUUAUUUGCGAGAGAUGUGGUCUGGGCUGUUCAACAACUCCGAUGAUGAUCGACCUGUGUUUAUGGAACACUUGAAACCAAAUGAUCUAAUCAUCGUAGAUGUACGUAUUUCUGCAGAACGGAUUGACGUGUGGGAGGAGGAAAUUACGGACACACUCUUUAACUUCAUCAGUAAUCUUGGCGGCACGCUCGGUCUAUGUGCCGGCAUCAGUUUUCUGAGCUGCCUGUUUUUGGUAAUCUUUUUUGGACGCGCAUUUUUCCAUGCCCUUAUGAGUUUUAUUCUAUGGUUUUGGUGGGCAGUCUAUUUGGGAAAACCACCCCCAACGCCCAUACAGAAGAUCAAAAGUGCCCUGAUUGCAAAGUUGCCCAGCGAUCAAAAUAUUUCGAGGCAGAGCAUUCCCCUUAAGUCUUUCGACGCCGGUGUAUCACCAAGUCGGCUAUUUCGCACCAAUCUGUCGGAGAAAGCACAUAGUUCGCCAGAACUCACAGAUUCUGGCGAGGAUGAGCACCUUACAGACACCAGCGAGGAGAUCAGCGAAGAGGUGUCCGAGAUAGAUAAUAUUCAAGCGGCCAGUACUCUUACCAGGUCAAGCACCUCUGAAUCAAGUGCAACUAACAAUUCCGAAGAUCGCCCGUCGGAACAUUCGAAUGCCAGGUCGCAUUCUACGGCUCCAUCGAGGACGACUGAUCAACAGGAAAGGCACCAAGCACCAGUGGACAUGCGUGAAAUGGAUGAAACUGCGGAUAAAAUAGCAGAAAAAGUGACUGUUUUUCCCCGACACUCCUUGAAUCGCGGCUCUCUGGUCAUCCGCCAUAGAGAUUCUUCACGCAGUGACGAGGAAUCACUCAAACAAGCAAGACUGCUCACAGCCAAAUUUCCUACGAGACGUGCACCAGCUGAUUUACUGAGUGACAGGACUGACGAACCACUUGAGCUGAUCGAAACCCCAGAUGGGAUGGCGGAACAGGUGACUGUGUUUCCCCGACGUUCUCUGAAGCGAGGAUCGCUGAUUGUGCACCACAGAAAAUCUUCACGCAGUGAUGAGGAAUCACUCAAGAAGGCAAGACUGCUGAGAGCCAAAUACCCUACGAGAAGUGCACUAGCUAACUUACUGAGUGACAAAACUGACGAACCACGUGAACUGGAUGGAAUUGUCGAUGAUGUGGAAGAGAAGGUAACUGUUCUUCCAAGACACUCCCUGAGGCGCGGAUCUCUGAUCAUCCACCAUCGGGAUUCUUUACGGAGUGAUGAGUACAAGGCAAAGCUGCGACGGAGAGAGACACCCGCACCCAUACGCCUUCAAUCCGAAGAUUAUUGGGAGGAGGAUUACGAGGGACCCAUCGUCCCGUCAGAAAACGUACAAACGGAGCAACCUGGUACACAAAAUCGGAUCUCGCAAAUGGAUAUGACGCGUUAUGCAAUGAACAGACCAGACAUCCUUCCAAGUAGCCAAACGCGGAUCGCGAGUCAUAGGAGAAAAUCGGACCCGUCGACAGUACACAACGCACCGACAAGAGAACACCAAACGGGUUCCUGUCGUAGGGACGUAUGCACUACCGAGGCUCGGCAACCAGAACGAGUGUAUGGCUCGAGUACAUCGGUUGACGGCGGACCAGGGAUACCCCCAUCUGGAGGAAUAUGGCGGGAGCUUGUUGAGGAUAAGAUGGCGGUUAGAGAACAAAACCUCAUGCCUGUCGUUGAACGGACAGGAGAAGUAUACAUCCAGGGCAAGAUAAUAACUGCUGAACGGCCAAAUACGCGCGUUCUACAGCGUACUCAACGAGCGCGUCCUCAAGAGAUCAGAGCGAAUGGGGAACAGCGUAUCAUGCUCCCGACCGGUCAUAGUGAACAAGCGUAUUCUCAAGAUGCGACCACAAAGGAUGAACAGCUCGUCAUAACAAUCUCCGGACAAAUGCGCCGAUCACUUGGCCAAGAUGAGGGGUUAACCAGAGAACAAGAGACGAUGCCUACUUUUCAACAGUACGUACACGGUGUGGGAAAAACUGCCGAAGCAUUCGCCAAACCUACUUCUCGACGAGCGCUUGUGCAAACUGACGUGGUAAAGCGAGAACAUGAUAUUAGCUUCCCUGGACAGAUAGAGCAGAUGUAUGCUCAGGAAGUGACAAACCUUGAGCGGCCCACUAUGUCAGCAUAUGGACAGGUGGCCGAGAAUCGUAACGUACGACAGUGGACCAACAUGCUUUCUCGUGACAGUGACGAUUUUCCAGCCUAUAUUUAUGAUCCACCACCACCGCCAGUAAUAAGGCAACCCAUGGCCGGAACAAGGGGUCGGCAACUUUACAUCCCAGAAGACAGUCAAUUCCUACUGGAACCUCUGAUCGAUCAAAGACUGGUCUCCAGAUACCUACGAGAACAGUACAACAACCGACCAGAUGAUACCGAUAUUAUAUUGUCGAGUAACACCCCCGUGGGCAAUAAGGAACAACAGAUACAAUGGAGCCUGGAACAAGUGGCACAGACACGUGAUCAAUGGAGUCAAAUGGUUUUCCAUGGAUGUCACAAAUUGCUGGAGCAGCGGACGCCUCUACCACAGCGAAUCCGCCACAUCGUAACGUCAUCGUUGAACUGA